AUGGCGCUCUCCCCCACUUUUCCUCCUGAAUUUUUGUUACAAACGUAUUUCAUUCGAAUAACAUCUACUGAAUCCGACCCUCUCCAAAUCAACACGGACUACACUUUACGACCAAAAGACGAGACUUCUAUAGCAAAUCUGAUGUACUUCAUAUACCCAGAUAAGCCUAAAGUCACAUCAAAAAGUCAAAUACUUAACACGCCACCAUCAAUUUACUCUUUUGUUUCAACAACUGAAAAUGGGAAGAGGUACUACUACUUUGUACAACGCUGGGUUGAAGAGGAAAUCCCACACAUCAUAAUAUUAGUGACUGGAAGGUACUCCACACUUUAUCUACGAUUUCUUCCAAAACUUCAGAAUGUAUAUGCGAAUGGAGGCAUCAAGGCGUUCAAAGAAAUGGUGAAUGCGUUGAUAGACUACCCAUUUCCAAGUUCUAAAGAGAAUUUGACAUUGAGUGAUGGUACUGUUCUUUUUCAUCAAACAGACAUCCCCGUGUUGCCCACCCUUUUCCGAUUUGGGGUAUCGACUUUUGUGGAGUUAGUUGGGAGAAUUUUACUUGAAGAAACAACUAUGUUUUAUGUGAAUGGUGUAGGUGAGGCGAUGCCUGUCAUCCAAGCUCUUUUUCGUGUAUUAAGUCCAUUUGAGUGGCAUGGCGUCCUAAUUCCCAUCCUCCCAGUCGACGAGUCUUUUGCUGGAUUUGCUGGGUGUCCCACGCCGAUGUUAUUUGGUGUGACACCUGGUGGAUUAAAAGCCAUUAAAAGUUUGUAUGGCGACAGUCUUGAUAUUAAUGUCAUUGACUUAGACAACGGCAAAUUUACAAAGAAAAGAAAGGGCCUCAAUCUCUUUGCUUUUAAAGAGACUGGGAGGCUGAUAAAUCAGCUCCAGAAUAUAGUGGAACAUGACAUGGAGAAUGCAGAUGACUUGAUAUGCAACUGCUUUAGUCAACUUUUUUUGGAUCUCUUUGGAACGUAUUUUGCGUAUUACGAGAAGGACAACGGGGUGUGCAAUUUCAAUCAAGAGAAGUUCAUUAAGGGGAGUCCCGUCCACAUGCAGAUCUUCUUGACUGCUUUUGGACAGAGUCAGAUGUUUGAGCGCUUCAUCGACCAUCGCAAAAAUUACUUCUUGAAGACGCCGGAUUUCAGGCGAAAAAUAUUUGUCGACUGCCCACUUUUUAAGUCGAAGGAAAAACCGGCGUUUGUGAAAUUGAGGGAUAUUGCCAGAGAGUGGAAAACGUGUGCGGCGUGUCGGAAGAAAAUAGAGAUGGAGCAUGCUGUAGUGACAUAUGGAAAGAAUUUGGUGUUUCAUACGGAGUGUUUGCGAUGUAAGUCGUGCGACUCCUUUAUAAUUGGGAAACACAGUUUUGAUCGUCGGUGUGAUGAUUGUGAAAUGGAAGAUAUCGACGAAAUUGCAAAUCAGUACGACAACGACGAGAGGUGGAAACAAGCAGAUGCGACGGCUCAAAUGAAGAAAAUGGAAGACAGUGCAGAGGAAACUUCGAUGCGAAGGAUCAUGAAAACACUUGCGUUUUACACUGGAAUACAUGAAGAUGUCGAACCAGAGCAUAACAAUACAGUUGUUGAAGAUAUGCGAGAGACGUCCUUGUUUUUCAGUGGGACAACUGGAUCGGUGUUUGUCGAAUCAAGAACUUCGAAAAUAGGAACUUUUAAGGCUGUUUUAAACCCACUGGACUCGCGAAAAACUAUUAUUAAUCAUGGUGGGUUGAGUGGGUUGUGCAUGACAAAAUCACUCCCCGAACAUUCAUCGGGACAGGCCUUACAUGUUGCACCUUCAAAAAAACUCCCGCCGACGCCUUUGGCUAAGCAAACGGAAUGUCAAUAA